AUUGUAAAACGUGUUGCAUAUGCCGUCAGGUUAGAAAAUUACAAGAGCAUUUUUAUGUGGACGUCGUAGGCGAAAAAUGGUUAUCGCGACAGUAACGGUAUUUAUUUUCCCAGCGGAUUCGUAAACUGGCGCACUUCCAUCACGAAGAGCAGAGUUCAACACUGAUGCGUAAUUUUUCCGACGACACCGUAACUAGAUCCGUACGACAUGUUCCCGAGGGGCAGAGGCCGAGCGGCCGUCUCGCAAUACGUCGCGAGACAAACAACCAGACCGGGCAAAAACAUAUCAAUCCACGACAAUAAUUGCUGCAAAACGAUUAGCCUAAACUUGGGCUUGGACUCGGACGAUUUGGCGUUUUUCGAGGAACUCAAGAAGAUGUACAACAUGGUAAAGCGAAGCCCGCCGGUCGUCUCGAAGCUCGAGCAAUAUUUCGGCGCGUGCGCUGACCCCUACGAGCAAACGCUCCGCCUCCUGAACAACUGCCAGGACUUUUUCAACGCGAAAAACAAAAGCCUUCCGAUUUUCAUAGCGGAAGAGUUCCGGCACUGGAGUCGCAGUCGCCGCGACCGGAUCGCGCACCUGCUCGUGCCCCAAAUCAAACUGGACGCGUUCAAGUUGAUCACGAAACAAAACUUCCAGGGGCUCACGAAACUCGUGUUCGACAGUUACGAGAUGGCGCAGCAUCCUCACGUGUUCGUCGACUGUCUGCGUUGCUUGAUCGAAAACAAGCAGUACAAAGAGGCCUGCCAGUACGCGACCAUGUUGAAUCUCCACGGGGAAUUCGGCGUGGACGAUUUCCUGGUGCCGCUCGUGCUCCAGGACAAGCUGUACAGCGUCGACGAGUUUCUCGCGGGAAGUCCGCGACACCAGGUCGAACUGGUGCAGUUUUUGGACUCGGCGCUGAGCCAGAUGUCCGUCGGCGACACCAUGAACCCCUACAUCGAGGAGAAGGGUAUACCGGACGUCAAGUAUGACAAGGUGCACUCGAAGCCGUGGAAGAAACUGGUGACCAGGUUCGCGAAAAUGUUCAAACUGCCGGCGGACCUGACCCCGAACUUGAACAAGAAGCGCAACGAGGGCGCUCUAAAGUUCCUCAUCCACAAACGCUUCACGGAGAACACUUUUAGCGACGAGAGCUGGAAAGAGAUGGUCCAGGAAGCGGUGGGCGACGACGAGUCCUUGCAGAAGGAGGUGGUGCAGCUGGUCGCGCAGUACGGGGAGUUCCGCGAGGCACUCUGGUGGGCCCGGCACUACGACGUAGACAAGAGCGGGUGGCCGUACGGCGUCCGGCUACUGGACGAGAACAAGUUGGAGGAGGCGGUGCAGGCGUCGCCCCUCGUCGACGACUGGGACAGCGAGCCGGCGAACAAGAUCGAGUACCAUAAACUUCGCUUGGCGGAUGACCGCGUAGUCCUGGUCGAUACGGCCGACAAGUUUAGGGGCGUGGUCGACACCGGAUUCCAGAACGCGGACCUGGUGGGCAUCGAUUGCGAGUGGAAGCCGAGUUUCGGCAGUCAACUCAACGAGCUCGCCCUGAUGCAGAUCUCCACCAGGGAGUCUGUCUUCGUGCUGGACGUCGUCAAUUUGGCGGGUCGGGAAAGUCGCUCCUGGGAGACGCUGGGCCGCGACUUGUUCAACAAUUGUGAUAUUUUAAAGUUAGGUUUUAGCCUCACCAGCGACUUCCACAUGAUCCAGCACGCCCUGCCCGAGCUUAAUUUUUCAAACGCGCGGGCCGGCUUCCUCGACCUUUGCUCCCUGUGGAAGCACCUCGACAAGUUCCCCAAAGUCGUCCUGCCCAACGAAGUGCAGGGCGGCGGGCCGAGUCUCAGCACGUUGGUGCAGGCGUGUCUCGGAAGGCCCCUCGACAAAUCUGAGCAGUUCUCGAACUGGGAAAACCGCCCGUUACGUCAGAGUCAGGUCCUAUACGCGGCGCUGGACGCCUACUGUCUGAUCGAGGUGUACGACGUGCUGAAACGGUGCUGCGAGCACGCGGACUGUCCGUUUUACGAGAUAUGCGACAGUCUGUUGACUAGCGAGCGCGCGGCCAAAAAGAAACCGAAAAAAACGUCGGGCAAGAAACGGCAACACCGCGAGGACGACGUGGCGCAACCGCCCGGACCCCACGCCGCGCCCGUCCAGGCGGACGAGCUCAAGGUGGUGUGCGACACGAUGCUCCAGGGUCUCGGCAAGAACCUGAGACGGUGCGGCAUCGACACCGCCAUAUUGGAAAACCAUCAGGACCACCAGCAGUGCGUAAAGUACCACGCCACGGAGCACCGGUACAUCCUGACAAGGAAGGGGCCCUUCAAGACGCUGAGCGGCCGUGUUCCGUCCGGCCACUGUCUCAAAAUCGUCUCGGACGACGUGGACGAGCAACUGCAGGAGGUGUUGGACUACUACAGGGUGUCGGUGACGAAGGACCACGUGCUCAGCCGUUGCCAGGUGUGCAACGGCAAGAGUUUCACCGAAAUGCCGCAGUCAACGAUGCUGGCGCUGUACGACGGUGCGACGGCGGCGCCCCCUAGGUACGUGCCCGCGUGUUACUACGAAGACGAGUCGACGGGGUUCACGAGCGACGAGGAUUUCGACGAGGACGCGCCCGGUCACAGUUCGACGGCGGCGCCGACCUCGACGGACGUCGGGUCCCGGCAGACGAGAUUCGGGGCGACGAUAAAGGUCGACCAGAUCCCCAGGCCCGUCAUCCUCAAGUACGACGCGUUCUACGUGUGCGACGACUGCGGCAAAGUCUACUACGACGGCAGCCAUUACGGCCGCCUGCUGAACGGCCGCCUUCAGGGCAUCGUGCAUUAAUCCGCAUUUAAUUGCAUUUUCUUUUAUUUUGUAACCGAUUUUAU